GUAUGCGCUCAGUCAGUUGCGCGCCGGUCGAGUGUGUGGAUGGGUUUGUGUGGAUCGUUAUCGGUGGUUUUUGGUGUACAUUGGCUGGUUUUUAUGCAAGUACUGGGAUAAAACGUUGUCGCAGGGUAUCCUCACGAGAAGGAACGCCCUUUCGAAGGGUAAGAUAGAAGUGAGUUGUUGGUCCGAUUGACAAAAUGACGACCGACAUCUCGGUGGUACGCGGUGGUUGGGACCCCACGCUACAACAAGAGAUUGUCGAUGAGUACGAAUACGACGGAGGAAACUCGAGUUCGAGACUUUUCGAACGUUCACGGAUCAAAGCUUUGGCUGGUGAACGUGAAUUGGUACAAAAGAAGACUUUCCAAAAAUGGGUGAAUUCCCAUUUAGUUCGGUGUUCCUGCCGAAUCGGCGAUCUGUACGUCGACCUUCGAGACGGAAAGAUGCUUAUCAAGCUUCUCGAGAUUCUCUCCGGAGAACGUUUACCACGACCUACAAAAGGGAAAAUGCGAAUCCAUUGUCUGGAGAACGUCGAUAAAGCGCUGCAAUUCCUUCGCGAGCAACGGGUGCACUUGGAGAACAUGGGAUCGCACGACAUUGUCGAUGGGAACCCUCGUUUGAGCCUGGGCCUUAUAUGGACCAUCAUCCUGCGGUUCCAAAUACAAGACAUCACCAUCGAGGAAACCGACAAUCAAGAAACGAAAUCAGCGAAAGACGCUCUGCUCCUCUGGUGUCAAAUGAAAACCGCUGGCUAUCACAACGUAAACGUGCGAAAUUUCACCACAUCUUGGCGCGAUGGAUUGGCCUUUAACGCCAUCAUCCACAAACACCGUCCAGAUUUGAUACAGUUCGAGAAACUCUCCAAGUCUAACGCUAUUUACAAUUUAAAUAAUGCAUUUAACGUGGCAGAGGACAAGCUUGGUCUCACGAAGCUUCUAGACGCUGAGGAUAUAUUCGUCGAUCAUCCUGAUGAGAAAUCAAUCAUUACUUACGUAGUUACAUAUUACCAUUACUUCUCCAAGAUGAAGCAGGAGACCGUGCAAGGUAAACGAAUAGGCAAAGUAGUUGGCAUUGCCAUGGAGAACGACCGUAUGAUUCACGAGUACGAAAGUCUGACUAGCGACUUACUAAGAUGGAUAGAAGGCACCAUAAAAGCUUUGGGUGAUCGUCGGUUUGCUAACUCGUUGGUAGGAGUCCAGUCUCAGCUCUCCCAAUUCUCUAACUAUCGUACCGUAGAGAAACCCCCGAAGUUUGUCGAGAAGGGCAAUUUGGAAGUGUUGUUGUUUACUUUGCAAUCGAAGAUGCGAGCCAAUAAUCAAAAACCGUACACGCCGAAGGAGGGUAAGAUGAUCUCGGAUAUUAACAAGGCGUGGGAGAGAUUGGAAAAAGCGGAGCACGAGCGUGAAUUGGCUCUCCGUGAAGAAUUGAUUCGUCAGGAGAAACUGGAGCAGCUGGCAGCGAGAUUCAAUCGAAAGGCUAGCAUGAGGGAAACCUGGUUGUCCGAGAAUCAACGUUUGGUUUCUCAGGACAACUUCGGUUUCGAUCUAGCCGCCGUGGAAGCCGCGGCCAAGAAACACGAGGCCAUCGAGACAGACAUUUUCGCCUACGAAGAACGAGUCCAAGCUGUCAUGGCUGUUUCACAGGAAUUAGAAGCUGAAAACUACCACGAUAUCGAACGUAUUAAUGCCCGCAAAGACAACGUUCUUAGAUUGUGGAAUUAUCUAUUGGAAUUACUUCGUGCUAGAAGGAUGAGAUUAGAACUGUCUCUACAACUUCAACAGAACUUCCAGGAGAUGCUGUAUAUCUUGGACAGUAUGGAGGAGAUAAAAAUGCGCUUGUUGACCGACGAUUAUGGCAAACAUUUGAUGGGCGUUGAGGAUUUAUUGCAGAAGCAUUCUUUGGUAGAAGCUGAUAUCAAUGUCUUGGGUGAAAGAGUCAAAGCUGUUGUUCAGCAGAGUCAGAGAUUCUUGGAACACGGAGAAGGUUACCGACCGUGUGAUCCAACCACUAUCGUUGAACGCGUACAACAGCUCGAGGAUGCUUAUGCCGAAUUGGUACGGUUGGCUGUUGAACGUAGAGCCAGAUUGGAGGAGUCGCGUAAACUGUGGCAGUUCUACUGGGACAUGGCUGACGAGGAGAAUUGGAUAAAGGAGAAGGAACAGAUUGUAUCGACUGGGGACAUUGGCCACGAUUUGACAACUAUAAACUUGCUAUUGUCCAAGCAUAAAGCAUUGGAGAACGAGAUUCAGUCUCACGAACCACAGCUGAUGUCUGUGGCCGCUGUCGGAGACGAAUUAGUUCGUCAGAAACACUUUGGUUCUGAUAGGAUUCAAGAAAGACUACAAGAAAUUCUGGGAAUGUGGAAUCAUCUCUUGGAUCUGGCUGCUUUCAGAAGGAAGCGUUUAGAGGAGGCUGUAGACUAUCAUCAACUCUUUGCCGAUGCAGAUGACAUUGAUAUUUGGAUGCUGGACACUUUGCGACUCGUCUCGUCAGAAGACGUUGGCAGAGAUGAAGCCAAUGUCCAGUCGUUGCUGAAGAAACAUAAAGACGUGACGGACGAGCUUAAAAACUAUGCUGCUACUAUCGACCAGCUUCAUCAACAAGCAUCCUCUCUUGGUGAACAGGAUGCCAAAUCGCCAGAAGUACUGGAGAGAUUAGCAUCCAUAGAUUCCAGAUACAAGGAACUUAUGGAACUCGCGAAGCUUCGCAAACAGCGAUUGUUAGACGCAUUAUCGUUGUACAAGUUGUUCAGUGAAUCAGACGGAGUGGAGCAAUGGAUCGGCGAGAAGAAUCGGAUGUUGGAGACUAUGGUACCAGCCAAGGAUAUCGAAGACGUCGAGAUUAUGAAGCAUAGAUACAACGGCUUCGAGAAAGAGAUGUAUGCCAACGCUUCGCGAGUUGCUGUAGUCAAUCAACUCGCAAGACAAUUGUUACACGUUGAACAUCCUAAUUCCGAGCAGAUCGUGGCACGCCAGAACGAAUUGAACCAGAAAUGGGCCGAGCUCCGUGAGAAAGCAGAGAAUAAGCGUGAGGAAUUGAACUCUGCUCACGGUGUGCAGACCUUCCACAUCGAAUGUCGCGAGACAGUAUCCUGGAUCGAGGAUAAGAAACGUAUUCUACAACAGACGGACAGUUUAGAGAUGGAUCUGACCGGAGUCAUGACUUUGCAGCGUCGAUUAAGCGGAAUGGAGCGCGAUUUGGCAGCCAUUCAGGCGAAAUUGGACGCGUUGGAGAUGGAGGCUCAGAACAUCCAACAACAGAACCUGGAAGAUCCUGAGGUGAUCAAGGGAAGAAUCGAUCAAAUUCACACCAUCUGGGAGCAGUUGACGCAGAUGUUGAAGGAGCGCGACGCAAAAUUGGAAGAGGCAGGUGAUCUUCACAGAUUCCUCAGAGAUUUGGAUCACUUCCAAGCUUGGUUGACCAAAACGCAAACUGACGUGGCCAGCGAAGAUACUCCAACCACUUUGGCCGAUGCUGAGAAACUCCUGACACAACACCAAAACAUUAAGGAAGAAAUUGAUAAUUAUACCGAUGACUACCAGAAGAUGAUGGAGUAUGGUGAAAGAUUAACCAGUGAAGCUGGCGAUGGCGAUACGCAGUACAUGUUCCUCAGGGAGAGACUGAAUGCCUUGAAGAUGGGCUGGGAGGAGUUACACCAGAUGUGGGUCAACAGGAAGAUCUUACUGUCCAAUUCUCUUAAUCUGCAGAUCUUCGAUCGCGACGCUCGCCAGGCAGAAGUGCUUUUGUCCCAGCAAGAGCACAUUCUGGCCAAGGAUGAAACACCAGCGAAUUUCGAGCAGGCGGAGCACAUGAUCAAGCGACACGAGGCGUUCAUGACUACGAUGGACGCGAACGACGAGAAGAUCAACUCCGUGGUACAGUUUGCCGGACGACUUGUCGACGAGGGUCACUUCGCGGCAGACAAAGUCAAGAAGAAGGCAGAGAGCAUCAACGAGCGUCGUCGUGUAAACCGAGAGAAGGCGAACCAAUAUAUGGAGAAGCUCAAGGAUCAGUUGCAGUUGCAGAUGUUCUUACAAGACUGCGAGGAGCUGGGCGAGUGGGUUCAGGAGAAACAUAUCACCGCUCAAGAUGAGACUUAUAGAAGCGCCAAGACGGUGCAUAGUAAAUGGACAAGACAUCAAGCGUUUGAGGCUGAAAUCGCAAGUAACAAGGAUCGUUUGCAGCAAUUGCAACAGGCUGCUGAAGAAUUGAUUCAACAGAAGCCGGAUCUGGCUGAGAUCAUUAAGCCUAAAGUGGCAGAAUUGGCUGACCAAUUCGAAGAACUUGAAACCACUACUCACGACAAAGGUGAACGCCUGUUCGACGCGAAUCGUGAAGUCCUUAUUCAUCAGACUUGCGACGAUAUUGAUUCUUGGAUGAAUGAACUGGAGAAACAGAUUGAAAGCACGGAUACUGGUUCUGAUCUGGCGUCAGUGAAUAUCUUGAUGCAGAAACAACAGAUGAUUGAAACACAGAUGGCCGUGAAAGCGAGACAGGUUACGGAGUUGGACAAACAGGCUGAACACUUGCAGCGUACGGUGCCCGAAGACAAGAUGGAAGAGAUCAAAUGCAAAAAGGAGAAGGUUGCACAGAGAUUCGCUCAACUCAAAGCACCAUUGAUCGAUCGUCAACGUCACUUAGAGAAGAAGAAGGAAGCCUUCCAAUUCAGACGCGACGUGGAGGAUGAGAAACUCUGGAUCGCCGAGAAGAUGCCUCAGGCAACCAGUACAGAGUAUGGAAACUCGUUGUUCAAUGUGCACAUGCUAAAGAAGAAGAACCAGUCUCUGCGUACUGAAAUCGACAACCACGAGCCCAGAAUCAAUUUGGUGUGCAACAACGGUCAGAAACUCAUAAACGAAGGUCACGAGGACAGUUCUGAAUUCCAGAAAUUGAUAUCCGAGUUAACGGAGAAAUGGAAGGAGUUGAAGCAUGCUGUAGAUGAUAGGAACAAGCAUCUCUUGCAAAACGAGAAAGCACAGCAGUACUUCUUCGACGCGACAGAAGCGGAAUCUUGGAUGAGUGAACAGGAACUGUACAUGAUGGUAGAAGAUCGCGGCAAGGACGAAAUUUCUGCCCAGAAUUUGAUGAAGAAGCACGAGUCUUUGGAACAUGCUGUAGAAGAUUAUGCAGAGACUAUUCGCCAGCUUGGAGAAACCGCCAGGCAGCUCAUUAACGAUCAACAUCCUCUUGCUGACCAGAUUGCCGUUAAACAAUCACAAGUGGAUAAAUUGUACGCUGGCCUGAAAGAUCUUGCUGGUGAACGUCGAGCUAAACUAGACGAAGCUCUUCAACUGUUUAUGCUGAACAGAGAAGUGGAUGACCUCGAGCAGUGGAUUGCAGAGAGAGAACUGGUAGCUGGAAGCCAUGAAUUAGGUCAGGAUUAUGAUCACGUGACGCUUCUUUGGGAAAGAUUCAAGGAGUUUGCUCGCGACACCGAGGCGAUAGGUUCAGAGAGAGUGGCCGCAGUGAACGAAAUUGCAGAUUCUCUAAUAGCAACUGGCCAUUCUGAUGCUGCUACAAUCGCAGAAUGGAAAGAUGGUUUGAACGAGGUAUGGCAAGAUCUAUUAGAAUUAAUCGAAACUCGUACGCAGAUGCUACAAGCUAGCCGAGAACUGCACAAGUUCUUCCACGAUUGUAAAGACGUGCUUGGAAGAAUCUUGGAGAAACAGAACGCCAUGUCUGACGAGUUAGGUCGUGACGCUGGCUCGGUUUCAGCUCUCCAACGGAAACAUGGCAACUUCAUGCAGGAUUUGUCCACGUUGCAGAGUCAGGUAUCGCAGAUACAAGAGGAAUCUGCUAAGUUACAGGCCAGCUACGCUGGAGACAAGGCUAGAGAAAUUACUAAUCGUGAAGGAGAGGUAGUUGCUGCUUGGAAUAACCUUCAGUCGCUUUGCGAUGCUAGAAGAACUAAAUUGGAGGAUACCGGUGACCUGUUCCGAUUCUUCAACAUGGUUAGGACUCUUAUGAUUUGGAUGGAUGAUGUAGUUCGCCAAAUGAACACUUCGGAGAAACCUCGCGAUGUUGCUGGAGUGGAAUUGCUAAUGAACAACCAUCAAAGUUUGAAAGCUGAAAUAGAUGCCAGGGAGGACAAUCUGAUGGCGUGCAUCAAUCUGGGAAAGGAUUUGUUAGCUAGGAACCAUUAUGCUAGCAGCCAGAUCAAGGAAAAAUUGGCAGCUUUAACUGAUCACAGAAACGCGUUGCUUCAUAGAUGGGAGGAACGUUGGGAGAAUCUACAACUCAUUUUGGAGGUGUACCAGUUCGCAAGAGAUGCGGCGGUUGCUGAAGCAUGGUUGAUCGCCCAAGAACCAUAUCUUAUGAGUCAAGAACUUGGUCACACGAUCGACGAAGUUGAGAACUUGAUUAAGAAACACGAAGCAUUUGAAAAAUCGGCAGCUGCUCAGGAAGAAAGGUUCAGUGCCUUGCAUCGACUCACUACGUUUGAGUUGAAGGAAAUGAAGAGGAGAGAACAGGAACGAGAAGAAGAGGAGAGACGCAAAAAGGAAGAGGCCGCUGCAGCCGAGGCAGCUCGAUUAGCUAAAGCAACACCAGUGACUAGCCCAGACGAACCACCGAGCGAAAGAGCCGAAGCGGAAGGUGUACCAACUGGAGAACGUCCCGCUGGAGAAGAUGAGUCACAUGUGGCACAUCGCAAGGCUUCUACACGUACACCACAGCCUCAAGAUAAGCCCAAGGAAGUGCAUGUUCAGAAACCUGCACGUCAGUCCAUGCGAGGAGAAGCAACACCAUCUGCCACUCCCUUGAAACCUCCAGGCCUAUCUAGUCCAACAACUCCGAAAGGUGGAAGCGGUUCCGAGUCUGGUACUUUAAGACGUAAGGAACGUAGUCGCAGCAAGUCGCCGUUCAGGAGCUUCCGCUGGAGGAAGUCCGCCAAGUCGCCGAGUUUAGAUCGAAGUGGCGUGAGUGAUGAUGAGCGCAGCAUUUCCGAACAACGAAGUCCCACCGACGAUGAAUUCGAGGGCGUGUUGCAACGAAAGCACGAAUGGGAGAGCACAACGAAGAAGGCGUCGAAUCGAUCCUGGCACAAGGUCUACAUGGUCGUUCGUGGACAGAGCUUGUUUGUAUAUACGGACCAAAAAUCAUACAAGGCAGCGCCUGAUCAACCGUACAAGGGAGAGUCUCCUCUAGAUCUCAGAGGAGCGACUAUUACCGUGGCGAGCGAUUAUACUAAGAAGAAACAUGUCUUCCGAGUAAAGUCACAAAGCGGAUCAGACUUCCUAUUCCAGGCUAAAGACGAUGCUGAAAUGAAUGAGUGGGUUACUGUGUUGAACCAAGCGGCACAGGGUACAUCAGGUGCGGGCACGUCCAGAGCGCAUACUUUACCUGCGCCUACACAAGCCGAGACCAAGCGGCGUAGUUUCUUCACUCUCAAGAAAAACUAAACUGGAGCAGUGAAGUUCAGUAUAAGCCGCUCAGCACAACACACACAGUUUAAAAGAAAUGUUUCGUCGCUCUACGUGGUUAACAAUAAAUAAAAAGAAAGCAACAAGAUUAUAAGAAUUAGGAGACAUACACGCGGACAUGGUGUUUGAAAAAAAAAGAAAGAAAAUUGAAGGAAGACUCAACUUACUAUAAGACCUGCGUUGGUUUUACAAAACACGCCUAUCAUCUUCGAUAAUUCGUCACGGAGAAAAAGAAAACUAAUAGAAAAUAUUUAAGCAGCUGUCUGUAUGUGUCUAAAACAUUUCACUCGCGUAUAGGCCAUUUGAAGUCUCUAAUUGCGUUUUUUUUAGUUUCUUCAAGGAAUUUUCGGACACUUUGCAAUAUAUCGCUAGUUGAGAAAGUGACUCACACAUAUAUACACACACAUUCGAUAAUGUCCCACGUUAGCGUGAUCGAGUUACUUGAACAUGGAUAUUGAUUGUCAAAAUUAAUUGCCCAUCUUUCUCGCAUAUUUGUAUGGUAAUACGAUAGUCAAAACUGUUAAUGGUAAACUCGAUGGUAUAAGUUGGAUUUUGUAAUUUAAUAUGUGGCGUAUUUUGCGUUUGAUAUCGUUUUACAAUGUCAUCAAGACGAUCCUUUAUUUUUUUUUUAAAUUUUUAAGCGAUAUAUCAUGUUGCUGCAAAGGCUUUAUAUAUAUUGUAAGUCAAAUAAGAAUUCAAUUCUAAAUUAAUUCAUACUGUUCAAGAUAAACCAGAAGAUCACAUUUUGAAACGAUGACUCGUAACGAAUUGAAUAUCAGACGUGAAAUGUGACUUGAUAAAGUAAUUUUUUUAUUUUGAACAGUAUGUGUUUGCUAACAUUACUUCGGACGAUUUUCUAUGUUUCUACAAAUCGCAUGAAUGCCAACUCGAGAAGCAAUGCCUUAUAAGAUAUACUCUCGUUUAAUUGAAAACUAUCUUCUAGCUCUUUUUAUAUUACAUAGAUUAAAAUUACAUAGCGGCUUAGAGAGAGCGUUAAUGUUUCCAUUUUAGAAGGAACUCUUAUCGGAGCUUAUGCAGUAACUUGAUAUGCAUUGUUAAUGCUGUCCUAAGAAGCAAAGAAGCGUUGUUUUUUUUAAUUCACGAUCUAUCUUGUUUUAUUUAUUGUAAGCAGCUCAAUCGAUGCACGUGUUCAUUUAUAAGAUCUAUACACACGUAUAUAUUUCUUGUCUCAUCCAGCACUUCUUUUUUUAAUUUCGCGUUUCUCCGCAAACAGUUCGUUUGCGUUUCGAUGACUGCCAUAUAUAUAUAUAUAUUUUUAAGCGGCACACUAACUUGGGACAUAAUAUAUAUAAAUAUAUAAAUAAAUAUAAAUAUUAUAUAUAAAUAUAAAUAUAAAUUAGCUUUUAAAAAAUUGUUAAAUAUAUGCUACGUCCUGAGGGAAUACGCAUUGGAGGAUUAUAAAAAAAAAAAAAAGAAAGAAAGAAAGAAAGAAAGAAAUGGAACACACAUUGUGUAAUAAUUUAAAGAGUUUCCUCUUAUAUACGAUCCCAAAAUAUCACGAGAUUCUACGGAAUUAAAAAGAGAAAGAAAGAAAGAAGAGAUAAUAUUUAAUUGUUCUUUAUAGACAUUUCUGCGUGUGCGAUGCAGUUUUUAUCAAGCGGCUUUUAUCAACGAGAAGGAUCAAGAGUGAUAUCGAUUCCAUUUGAAGUGUCUUGCUUGAUACCAACUGGCAUCAUGUUCACGUUGCAAUUCACGCGAUUGUUAACUUUCGUACUCUUUAUUCUUUUUUUUUUGUCUUAUUUUUUGAUAUUUAAAAAUAUUUAUCAUGUUCGUUUUUCUGUUUCGUAUAAUAUAAGGACGGUUUAAGGUUGAAACUUAAGAAUUAUUUUUUCAGUUGAAACUUAAGAACCAUGUUUUUAGUUGAAACUUAAGAACCAUGUUUUCGAUCAUUUUUUUUCAGUAACGAUUAUUUAAGAACUAUCCAUUUUUAUAAGAAGUUUGUUUUUUUUUUGUUCGUAUAUUGUCCAAUUACAAUGCGACUCGUUUCGAUUGACUUGUUCCAUUUAUUCUUGGAAUGCACUUUUUCUUAACAUGAUGUAUGACAUAUUUUUCUCGAUGAAAUCUCUGAGUAGCACAUGUUGGGGAUACGUUUGUAAAACGUUUCAUCUUUUUUACUAUAUAUUGUACACGCUUCACUAAUUUGUACAUACGAUCAUGAGUAACGCAGUAUACGCCUAGACAUGAAGACAAAAUACAAUAAUUAAUGAUCUUAAUCAAAAGAAAGAAAAAAAAAAAAAACAAUGAAAUGGAUGACACCGUUCGCUUUUUUCUAGUUUAAUGCAUGUGCAUUUAGUGGAUAUUUUUUAAACUAUUCAGAGUCGCAUUGCUACACUACACACAACUUAAUAUUUCAUAGCUAUGUGUUUUAUAUAUAAAUAUAAAUAUAUAUAUAAAUAUAAAUAUGAGAUCAUGAAGGGCAGUAAAUUAUAAGAAAUAAAAAUGAUUAUAGAAAAUA